AUGUCAACUCAUAUCUCGAGCCAACAACUAGACGAUGCGGUUUCCUUCACCGUGCCACUCUCAAAAUAUGAUACAGAUGGCCUUUGCAUGAACUACACUUUGCGAAGACAUAACUGGGAGGCCGAGGCCAAUGCAGGAUCCCAUGAAGCAAGAUUGGAUUGGGCCAAGUAUGUCGGGCCUACCGAGCAGUUUGGGGGAUGCAGCCCUAUCAAUGGCAACUUUUCAGCCCUAGCUUUACCGCUCACAAAGCCUGAGCGUAUGAGACUAGUUGCUUACGUGCUUGAAUAUAUAUUCCUGCAUGACAGUGACGGUCAACACGAUGACUUUGAUCAUCCCGAGCAACAAGAGUGGAAGGGUACAAAUCCGACGCUAGGAAGAGCUCAGAUACAAGCAAAGAUUAUGAAGGAAAUCACAUCAGUAGACCAAGCAUGCGCGGAAAGAUUCAAGAGGACAUUCAAAGAAGCCAUUGCUAUCAUUCUGCGUGAAAAGGGAAAACGAUUUGGCUCCUUAGAUGAGUACUUGGAUUUCCGACUCAUUGAUGCCGGAACGUCCGUGAUAGAGGCAUUGUUACUCUUUGGCAUGGGUGUGACACUUACCGAGGAAGAGGACGCCCAACUCGAACCCAUCCGCAAACCAGGCUUCAUAGCACUAACACUAGCCAACGACUACCUUUCUUUCGACCGGGAAUACCUCGAGUUCUCAGAUUCAGGACGAGAAAAUGAGAACAUGUCGCAGAAGUUGAGCAGACAUCUGUACGCCUUGGAGUACCAGAUUAGUGGGAAUGUGGUUUGGAGUUUGAACAGCCCUCGAUACCAUCCUGAAGCCAGAUACGCUCCAAACGCCGGUCUGGAAGAUGAACUGACAGCAAAAUCAAUGCCCGAAGCCCUGGGUAUUAAUUAUGAAGCUCGAUUUAUCCGCAAGGCCGAAGAGUACCCAGAUCAACCGAGCGUCAUAAAUCCUCAUUUGAGGAUUGUCAAUUCACGGAAGUCUUCGGCUGAGACUUGUCUUACUACCUCUGAUGAAACCGGAUCGAUAUCAGACAGUAGUGACUCGCGCUCAUCACUUGAUUCGGCUUCCUCAAGCUCUGAAAUCGAGCAGACGGUGGUUAUUCGUUCCCCAAAGAGUGCGUCCUUGGACUCUAGGCAUGCUAGAGCGCCAGUUGAAUACAUCAAGUCACUACCCUCUGGAGGUGCACGAGAUGUCUUUAUAAACGCAUUGGCUAUAUGGCUCAAUGUACCUCCACUGGCCGUAUCGCGCGUCAAAUCAAUAGGAAAUCGCCUCCACUCCGCAUCCCUCAUACUCGAUGACGUCGAAGACGGGUCCAAUCUUCGGAGAGGUGAGCCAGCAGCGCAUGCUGUUUUUGGUGCUGCACAGACUAUCAACUCAGGAUGCUACGAGUUGGUAAGAGCGGUGGAAGAAGCUCGGCAGCUGGGCCUCGAUUCUAUCGAGAUAGUCCUCGAAGGGCUUGACGAAUUGCAUGUCGGACGAUCGUAUGACCUUUACUGGACACAGAACAACUUGUGCCCGUCAGACAACGAGUACCUGGAAAUGGUCAAGAAGAAGACAGGAGGGUUGUUUCUACUCCUCACGCGACUCCUUCUCACUUGUUCGACGAGCAAAAAGUUCAAUAAGCACAUAAUAUCUGAUGUUGAAGAUCUUGUAAGCCUUAUCGGGAUACAGUACCAGAUUCGUGACGACUACCAAAAUCUUUGCUCCAAAGACUAUGCCGAGAAGAAGGGAUUCUGUCAAGAUUUGGACGAGAGCAAGUUUUCUUUUCCGCUAAUACACGCGUUGAACGUACAGUCGGAAAGUACUCACCUACUGCGUGAGCUUCUUCAACGGAGAAGAGAUGCGGGACACCUCUCAUAUGAGCAGAAGAAGCUUGUACUCAAGCAACUUGACCGCAUAGGUAGUAUGUCAUAUACGCGCGAGACAUUGAAGCGGCUAGAAGGUUAG